AUGCCUUCCUUCAGCAUCGAAGUGUCCGGCGAGGCAAAUCCGCUGACGGAGCAUCUGCUGGUCCAGACCUUGCAAUCGGCCUCGUCUUCCGAUCCCCACCAGAUCCAGACCGGCACCAAACAGCUGGCCCAGUGGGAAAGGUCUCCCGGCUACUAUCGACAUCUCCAGAGCGCCUAUAUCGAUACCCGGCUACCCAUUGAAAUCCGCUAUCUUGCAGUUAUCCAGCUGAAGAAUGGCAUCGACAAGUAUUGGCGGAAGACCGCGACAAAGUAAGUGCAUGGGUCAUCUUUCCUGCCUCUUCCCUCUUAUCCUUACGUCGGGCGGGCCUGCCGCUGGUGCAUGCGGGAGGUGCACGCCAUGAGAGGACAAACGCGUCUGCUAAGCACAGAAAUAGCAUGGGAUGCUACCGACCAUGCGCUAUCUCGACUGUACCAAGUCAAUACACGUCAAGUUUCUUGCUAACAUCCGUGCAGCGCUGUCUGCAAAGAGGACAAGGAAGUUAUCCGAUCUCGACUGAUUGAAAGUGUCCUGAACGAGUCCGACAAUCGGCUGGCCCUCCAGGAUGCUCUCGUCAUUGCCAAGAUCGCUCGUUAUGAGUUCCCCAACGACUGGCCGGAAGCCAUAUCGGGCUUUGUUGGCAGCAUACAGUCACCCAACACGCCGCCGCUACAGCUCGCACGUGCGCUCUUGACACUGCUCCAUAUCAUCAAGGAACUCUCGACUGGACGGCUCCAACGAACCCGGCAACACCUGCAGGUGGCAACUCCUGAAGUUGUAGCAGCAGUUGGCACCGUGUAUGCUCGUCUUGUCGAGCAGUGGAUGAACGCGCCAAAUGCAACCGACAUGCAGCAGAGUUUGCUUGCGAUCAAAGUCUUGCGUCGCCUUGUAAUCUUUGGCUACGAGUACCCAAACCGCGAUUCAGACGUGACUUCCUUCUGGUCCCUGUCCCAGCAACAUCUCGGCGCUUUCAUAAACCUCGUAAGCAACAGCGAGAAUGGAUUAGCUCCAGAUUCACAAGCCUUACUCGGGAAGCACACAUUACAACUUGCGAAGCUGCAUCAUGAAAUGGCCCGAGAUCACCCUGCAGCCUUUGCUCUGCUGCCAAACUCCUUGCAACUGACUCAAUCCUACUGGGGACUAAUCAAAGAUCUGGGCAACGUCUUCGGCGCCAAAGACGCUGUCUUGCAUGCCGUUGAGUCUGCAAAGAUUGGUACUGACGGCGACGCCGAAGAGAAGCCAUUCACAGAGAAGAUUGCCCUCAAAGGCCUGCUUCUCAUCCGGGCCUGCGUCAAGAUGGUGCACAACCCUGUUCAGACCUUCAAAUACAGGACUCCCCAAGACAAAGAAGAGAAGAGAGCGGCGACUGAAUUUGUGCGUCACACUCUGCUCACAGAAGCUUUUGUACGCGAAGCAAUGGAGACAAUGGUCACCCGUUUCUUCGUCUUCCGAGCAAGCGACCUGCGCGAGUGGCUAGAAGAACCCGAAGAAUGGGAGAAGCGAGAAGAGGGAGAUGGAGAAGACUGGGAAUUCAGUGUCCGAUCUUGCUCUGAAAAGCUCUUCCUCGACCUUGCAAUCAACUACAAAGACAUCAUCGUAGAGCCACUUCUCCGCGUCUUCUACUCUGUCGCAAAUCCUCAGAACGAAGAUGUUCUCUUCAAAGACUCAGUCUAUACCGCAAUCGGCCUGUCGGCCUCGGUUGUCCACCAGCACCUAGACUUCGAUGCCUUCAUAAGGGAUGUGCUUGUUGCUGAAGUUCAGAAGACUGAACCUGGCUGGAACAUCCUGCGGCGAAGGGCGGCUAUCCUGCUAGCUCAGUGGAUUGGCGUCAAGGUUUCUGAUGGAAGUAGACCCAUCGUCUAUCAGAUCUUCCAGCAUCUCCUCAACGCUGAGGAUGCCCUGAAUGAUGAAGUUGUGCGAGUCACAGCCGGCCGACAAUUCAUGAACAUUGCGAACGACUGGGAGUUCCAACCGGAGCAUUUCUUGCCCUACGCCCAGACUAUCCUAACACAGCUCAUGCAGCUCAUUGGAGAAGUUGAGCUUACAGACACGAAGAUGGCGCUUUUGAACACGAUCAGUGUGAUUGUCGAGCGACUGGAUCAGCACAUAACUCCAUACGCCGAGCGCAUCGUCACCCUGUUACCAGGACUCUGGGAAGAGUCUGGGGAAGAGCACCUGAUGAAACAAGCGAUUCUUACCAUCUUGGCUCGGCUCGUCAACGCUAUGAAGUCGGAGUCUCUACCGCUGCACUCAUUGGUGUAUCCAAUCAUCAAGGGUGCCGUAGAGCCUGGCUCCGAAACACAGGUAUAUCUGCUGGAGGACGCGCUAGACCUGUGGGGCGCAAUACUUGUCCAGACACCCUCGGGCUCUGCAUCACCCGAGCUGAUGGACCUUGUGCAAUACCUCUAUCCGAUCUAUGAACUCGGCUCCGAAAACCUACGCAAAUCACUGGAGAUCACCGAAUCGUAUGUCAUACUUGCUCCCCAUCAAAUGCUCUCUGCUGGAAUUCGUUCAAGACUCUUUAUCUCGUUGACAAAGUUACUGGGCUCUCUACGACCGGAUGCCAAUGGCCUGGUCUGUAAUUUGGUCGAGACGAUACUUCGAUAUGCUCGAAACGAAGAGGUAGCAGCGUCUCUACCGCUCGGAAACUUCGACGACGCCGCUUCCAUGAUCACCUGGGACUUAUGCCAAGCAUCAGAUCCCGUGUCAGGUGACGUUGGAUUCUUGCCGAAGCUCCUCCAGGGACUUCGAGGCAGCUGGGUUGCUCAUUGUACCACUGGACCGAACGCAAAAGAAGCGCCGGUUGACGGAAUUGUCGAGACCGAUUACUUUGCAAUACUUGCGCGCGCGAUCUUGGGUCCCAUGGACGGAUUCUUGUACGCCUGUCAAGCAGCAGCGUCUGCUGCAUUCGCCGAGGAGCAACCGCUGACAGCACUCAUGAAGUGGCUAUUAGAGGAAUGGUUCUCGCAUUUUGAAAAUAUCGGUGAUCCCUCGCGCCGGAAACUGAUGUGCCUUGCGUUGACGAAGCUGCUCGAAACCGAUCAAACUUUCAUCUACAGCAAUCUGCAGUCCUUGAUAACUAUGUGGACGGACGUGGUUACUGAGCUUCGAGAGGUAAGUUACACAAUACGGAUCUGGCGUUCAGUAUUUGUAUUAACCCACUUCCAGGAUGCAGCAGAUGUUGGCGGCGACUCCUUGGUCUAUCGUGACGAUGGUGCGGCACGAGAUGGCGCCGAGGCGCCGGAAGAUGCAAGGCGCCGCGCUCUGACUUACUCGGACGAUGUCCACCGCUUCAAUAUGACCGAUACCAUCCGUCACUAUCUGCAGCAAGCAAUCACUAUUUGCGGAGGCUACGAACAAUUCCAGGAGCAAUGGCUGGUGAACGUAGACAAGGAUGUUGUCAAGGCUUUCUCUGAGCUGGGAAUCAUUUGA